AUGGGCAAGAACUCGACAUCAGUCCCUGACGCCUGGGAGGAUGAUUGGGAAACUCAAGCAGACAAAAUGACCAAGGAACCCGAACAGCCCUCUCCCCGAGCACCUAUGUCCAAGGCAGAACGUUUAGCACAGCAUGCUGAGCAGAAUCGCAAGCUUUGGGAGUCUGCCGAUGCUCCGCCAACUUUUAACUAUUAUGAAGCUGGCACCUCAGGUGUCUCUCUCACAACCCCAUUUAAACCCCAGGUUAAGGUGCUCAGCCGGAAGCCCGUCAUCGCUAAGCGCGAUGGCGCUGCAGGCAUGUCCGGACUCUCACUAGAUGAUGACAACGAACCGAAGAAGGAGGUUCCAUUGACUCCAGAGGAAAUCCGAGCGAAACAAAAGCGUGACAGGGAGGAGAAGCAACGCCGAUACGAAGAAGCCAGAGCCAAGAUCUUUGGAGAAUCGAACCCGUCUUCAGGAGCCUCUUCACCUGGCACAGUUACCCCGCCGAAAGCUGAUGGUUACACUGGCCGCGGUCGCGGCCGAGGGCGAGGUGGUUACAGAAACAACGAGACCCGUCAGUUCGAUGCCCGCCAACCUGACAAUCGUGGCUUUGAUACUCCGCGUAGAAUGCAAAACAUGUCGGGCUCGGGCCGCGAGUUGUUCGACCCGAACCACUCGCCGAAGCCUGAGCCAGUAUCACAAAGGCGGCAGCCGGAAUUUUCGUCGCCUGGACGAAGCACAACUCCCCGCGACGGGCAACAGCAAACGCAGCCGCAGGCACCAGUCCGAGCACCCAAGGGGCCGGAUGGAAGUGGCCGAGGAGGUUUCGGCUUUGCUCAACGAGGUGGUAAGGGCAGUUGA